AUGUAUCUUUUCUCUAAGAUAGAUCCCCCAGAGGUUAUUGCUCAUUACCUUCAAAAUAUGGCGUCUCAAGGUAUUGACAUUUCAGAUUUCUCUAUGGAUUGGCUACCAGAACAUCCACCUAAUUUCAUGAAGAGGAUGAGAGAUCCCUCUGAGAGGAAGUCAAAGAAGAAGACUCUGAAGAUUGGAGCCUCUACAUUAACUCAAAAGCUACUUGCGCCUCUGGAUUCCUCUGCUCCAAGUAAGUCAUCUCUCUCUGAAGCUCCUUUACCUUCUAGGUCUAAGCAAAUAUCUUCUUCCCUACCUCAACCAUAUCCCACAUACUCUCCCUCUGAACCCAUUAUCUCCAUUCGAACUCCCUCCGAAUCCCACAACUUUGAAACAAACACUUCCUCACCCACUCUACAAAAAUUUGACCUCACAACCACAACAUUUCCCGUAUCUGAGGCCCUACUUUUUAAUGAACCCAUUUCACCUCCCUCAUCCAAUCCCUUAUCUCCUCCUUAUUAUGACCUUUCCUCUCACGCUGAUCAUCCAGAAAUUCCUAACCCUUCCUCUCCCACCUUGGCACAACUCCAAGACACAGCAAACUCUGAACAGACUCCAGGAUCUGAGGCAAGACUAGAGGCACGUCUAGUCAGGGAAGCUGAAGAGAAAGCACGAAAGGAAGCUGAAGAAAAGGAUGGGCUAGAAGCUGAAGAGAAUGCUAGAAAGAAAGCUGAGGAAAAAGCUAUGACUGAGGCUUCUGCUGCAGAAGCUGAAGCCGACACUGAAGAAGCAGCACGCAUAGCUGUAGAGGAAGUUGCAAAGUCUACUGAAGUUGCUCUGACUCGAGGUGCAUCAUCGACAUAUGCCAUUGCUCCGUUGGUGCUCCAGACUCUGGAAGAACUUCAAAAGGAAUAA